UGUGUCCACUGUAUUUGAAAUUAUGGCUGAAUGGAACUAGAAAAAGGAAAAGAGAAACAUAUAUUGUAACAUUUACCACAAGUCCGACUGUCACACAUCACUUCAUUAACACAGUGAAGUUACAUUCGAUACAUUGUCUUCGAAUAUGAGAAAAUGUAAGUCGUCCUUUGUCGAGCGCCACAACAAUUGUACAUUCCUUUAUCUGUUAACAGAGUGACACCGUGGAAGUUGAUGAGCUGUACUAUCCUGGCAGUCAGAACCAUGAAGAGUCCCAGUGUCACCCUAUGGCCGUGGGAGACAUGGAGGCGGUGGAGGCUCUUAUGUUUAUGAACACCCACUGGAAAGCCAGGACUUCCAGGAGCUUCAAGCAUAGACAGUUCCGACCUCUGACCCCUUCCCCUGACUUCUCAGAGGAUGACUCUCAUCUCUCAUUUGACCCGGCUGAGGUUUGUGAGUCUCUGUGUAUAACCCCGCCAUACAGCCCGCCAAACUUUGAGGCCAUUCACAGUCAUCCUGCUCCAGAGACAGUACAGACCUCCUGGUGCCAGAGACAUAACCCACAGCCAGCACAGCAGGGCUUGACACAGUCACAGAUGGUCAGCCAGCCCCGAUCACAGGCCACCAGUGUGAUCCGUCACACUGCAGACGCACAGCACUGCAGCUGGAGCAUCUGUCCAGCCGCCCCCCUGGAGCAGAGACUAAACCAACCCCUGCCUCCCCAGCCCCAGCCAAGCCCAGACAGCAUCAACAACCCCCUGGCAGAUAGGCUAUCUGGCAGGGGCUCCAAAGGGAACAUGAUACCCCUUGACUCCUCUGCUGAACCGGCUGCCAUCCAGGCUCCAGUUACUGUAACUCUGCCAGCCUCUGUUGGUAAAUUCCACCAACCUACAUCGGUGUCCCCUGUCAACUGUAGGGUUUCUCCUGUUCCGGUUUAUUGCCAGAUACUACCUGCUGUGCCAAUUGCAACGAACAGUCAUAUUCCAAUGGUUACCACCACCAUGGUGGCGGCAACCAGUCACCAACAACAGUCAGCAGCAGUUGGUCCUUCAGUCUUCUUCAUGGGUGACCAGGUGACAAAGGGCCCUAUCAUCUUCUUGGUUCCCCGGCCAGUUGUCGGGAUCCAGCCGUCAGUGCUGACAUCUGGUGGCACCAAGCUGCCAGCCAUCGCCCCAGCGCCAGGCUUCACCUCAGUGGUCCAGCGGAUCAGCCUACAGCCUGCUGAGGUGUCCAGAGUCCGCAGCCAUAUCUGCCCCCACGAGGACUGUGGCAAGACCUACUUUAAGAGCUCCCACCUCAAGGCUCACAUGAGGACUCACACAGGUGAGAAACCUUUCAAAUGCAGGUGGGAAGGCUGUGAGAGACGCUUCGCUCGAUCCGAUGAGCUAUCACGCCACCGUAGAACCCACACAGGAGAGAAGCGUUUCGCCUGCCCCAUGUGCCACAGCCGCUUCAUGCGUAGCGACCACCUGGCCAAGCACGCCCGUCGACACCUGGCCACCAAGAAGGUGCCCUGUUGGCAGAUGGGAGUCUGUCACAGCGGUGAUGUUACACAUGCAGUGUUUUCGGCACCGUUCCUUCGUCCUCUGCCCAGAAUAAACUCUUGCCUUAAAGACACUGUAGAAUAAGCUAUUUCGUCAUUAGAUGGGAACUCAUUCACUGUGAUACUGUUCACUGAAGACUUCAAUGCACAUCAAUGCAAUUAAUUACAUUUUGAAUUCUUUAAAAACUAAAGUUGUUUGACAUGUUUAAAGUUUCUUGACUUACAGUUUCAUAUUUCAUUCAGGUCCACUUGAGAUUACGUUGUUAUUGGCAGUUUAAUGUGUGAUGAAUGAUAGCAGGGUUUUUACUCAUUUACAUUACGUUUGAUCAACUCUUACUUGUUGAAGAUUAUACUAAUAUUAUUGUUUACAACUGUGCUUUAAACUACUGACAAGACAAGAUCAACCUCUUUGCAUGUGGUUGUAGUGGUGGCAACUGUCCACUCUUUCUGUGUCAACCUCCAAAGUGUGGAGCAAGGUACAGAAAUGUAGAAGUCAAAUCUGUGAACAACUAGAGGCUUAGAUAGACUUUUUCUGAAUCUCCGAGCCUACCAAAUAAGUAAAUUACCGUUAUGGAUUUCAAAACUAUGCUUAACUAUUAGAUCUUGUACAUUAAUUGUUUUUCUACCUAGUGAAUGUGUUCAAUACACUGUAUAUUUAAUAUUCAUGAGAAUUGUUUGGCCAAAGAAAGAAUGUUAGAGAAAAGUUUGUAUAUUUAACUUAAAUUACAUACAUUUUCAUUGUUUUGUUACAGGUGAAAUAAAAUGUGUAAAACUUUA